AUGAAGGGGGAAAGCAGCACAUGGAGAAGUUACAAAGUUUUAUAUAGCUUUGCCGAUAGAGUGGAUGUUCAGUUGAUGAUAGCUGGUGUCGUAUUCUCAUUAGUACAGGCUGUUUUACCACCUUUUGUUUGGCUUAUUAUGGGCGACUUCAUUUCUUUAGCAAUCACAAGAGAGGAAACAAAGCUGAAUAAGACGCGAUACAUUCAACAGAUUCAUAUCGAGGAGUUUAGUUUUUUUAAUGAAUCUUACGAGCAGCUGUUAGAACAUCAAUCUGUUGUUGAUGACAAAUUUGAAGAUUCUGCAACUCCGGUGUUUAUAGCUAUGCUUACACUUUCAGUUCUAACAUUUAUCGCCGCUUUUUUACAGCGACUUGCAUGGGAAUUUUGCGGUAUACGGCAAGUUAUUCGCAUUAAAAAGAGUUACAUUUGGAAGCUUCUGAAUAUGGAUGUAUCAUGGCUGGAAUCUCGGCGAUCAGGACAAGUUGCUUCUAUGCUUCAUCAUCACGCAGAUGCAAUUUAUGAAGGGAUUGCUGACCACUUUCCAAUGGUCGUGUUCAUUUUUGCCUACCUCCUAGUUUCCACAUCUGUUUGUUUCUACAUUCAGUGGGACGUCACGCUUGUCAUGUUUGCUGCUUUACCGUUGUUGAUCAUUACACGAUUAAUUUUCAGUAAAUGGUUUUGCCGAACAACGGAUGACGAACAAAAACUGUUAGCAAAAAUGACUAAUUUAGUGCAAGAGACGUUCUCUUGUAUCAGAACUGUAAUUGCAUUUGCUGCUCAACGACAAACCAUUAGCAAGUACGAAAGGUUAACUAAGGAGCACAAUUUGAUGACUGAACAACGAUUGACAGCAUCGUCUAUCUACGAUGCUUUAGCUCAGGUUCUUCUAACAGAACUCAUUUUUACUGCCGCCUUAUGUUAUGGUAUGUGGCGAGUUGGAAGCGAAAAUCCUGGAAGACUUGCUGCUUUAGCGAUCAAUAUGUUAUAUAUGUGCGUUACUUCUAUUAGCAUCGGUUUUCACCUUAAUGGUGCCUCAAAUGCUCGGGAAAAUGCAAUGGAAAUGAAUGAAUUUUUCCAAGAAUCACCAGUGAUUGAGUGUUACACAGAACGGCACAACGGAUGUUUUGUGAGCAAAAAGGCGAAAAGGAGAGGAAAAAUUACAUUCAAAGAUAUUCAUUUUGCAUACCCUAGUCGUCCAGAAAUUGAGGUGUUGCGAGGGAUAUCUUUUAGUGUUGAAUCCGGUGAACAUCUCGCCAUUGUUGGUCCCAGCGGCUCUGGUAAAAGUACUUUGACGGCUUUGAUGCUGAGAUUUUACGACCCAACAAGCGGAUCGGUGUAUUUGGAUGAUGCAAAUCUUAAAGACAUGAAUCCAGAUGUAUUACGAGCUCAACUUGGAUUGGUUAGCCAAGAGCCUGUACUGUUCGAUGGAACAAUUAGCGAUAACAUAAGAUAUGGAAGGUUGGAUGCCACUCAGGCUGAUGUAAAUGAAGCCGCUCGUAAAGCAGAAGCCUGGCAGUUCAUCUGUGCUUUGCCGGAAGGAAUGAAGACCAGGGUCGGUGAUCGUGGAGCGCAGCUAUCUGGUGGUCAGAAACAAAGGGUUGCUAUAGCCCGUGCAGUCAUCAGAUCGCCCUCUGUAAUUAUAUUUGACGAAGCUACUUCCGCUCUAGACACAAAACAUGAAGUAGAAGUCCAAAGAGCGAUCGAUGCAGCUAGUGUUGGCAAUACGACAAUAACAAUUGCUCAUAGGCUUAGUACGGUGCGUAAUGCAGACCGAAUUAUUGUGCUUGAAAGUGGUAAAAUUGUCGAAGAAGGAAGUCCAGAAGAACUUCUUGAGAAAAAAGACGGAAAAUUUUUCAAAAUGUAUAAUGAUCAGAAGUUAGAUAACAUUCCUGUACCACCAGUCAAGAAGGCUGCUCUUGCCCAACACUUUUCAAUGACACAAGCGGAUUUUUUGGAUCCAGAAACCUACCGUCGUGCUUGGGCCCGUUCAUCGUUAGGUGCUAAUAAACGGCUCGGCAAAUCGUACUCUGUUUUAAGUACGGAUGGAAAGAAGCUAGCACUUCCAGUGAUGUCAAGAAAGCGAACAAAUGCUUUUCAGCGAAAUAUCAUGGAAGUGGCAGUAGACGAAAAAGAUUUUGAUGAAGAUAAUACGCUGCCUGGUAGUGUCAUCAACUUUCGGGCACUGUGGCAUUUAAUUAGGAGUUAUAAAGCUGGCUACAAGCAUCUGGCGAUCGCAAUACCAAUAACAGUGUUCAGAGGUGUUUUCUUUCUACUCGUCUGUUUUGAAGUCGCAUCUGUGCUUGAGAUCGCUUUAGCACCCAGCGAUGAGAUGGCCCAACAAGUAUUUAUUACAGCAGCUGUAUAUACGGCAUUGAUUAUCAUUAAAACAAUGUUUGAAGCUGUCGGACGUCUGUUUGUUGCCAUGUAUGGACAUGGUUUUAGUGGACAUUUGAGGAGUGAAAUGUUCCGCAAAAUAUUACGGCAUGGUGCAGCCUACUUUGAUGAAGAAAGAAACACACCAGGACGAUUGGUUUACAUGAUGGUCAAUGAUACAUCAACCUUAAACCGGAUACUUGGAGAAAAAGUCGAUCUUCUUUUGCCAGCCAUAGUAUGCUCCUUGGUUUCUGUGACUCUGGCAUUAAUUAUUAACUGGAAGGUGGCACUAUUAUGUGGUUUCCAAUUUCCAGCUUUCUGUUUGUUUCGUUAUGUGGAAAUCAGCGAGACCAGUAAAAGACAGCACCAAAUAAUUGAGCAGGAAAAAAAGGCUGCAGAUCUUGCCACUGUGGUCUUGUCAAAUAUGAGCACGAUCAAAGCUUACACCCUUCAGGAACAUUUUAAUAAGCUUUUCUACAACGCUUUAAAGCCACUUCAAAGGACUAUGAAACGUCAGUCAUGCAUCAGCGCUUUUGUAUUUGCCUGUCAAUUCAGUUUUACUUAUAUUCUAAUUGCUAUCACUUUACACUUUGGUAAAAUAAUGAUGUUAAGUAAUGAAAUCACUCCGUUUGACUACCUCAGGGUCGUUCUAUUGACGCAGUUUGGAGCAAAUUUUAUUAGCCAGCUAAUAGCGUCAGUAAAUGACAUAAAGAAGGCGAAAACUGCUUCGAAGCACAUCCUAAACGUCAUUAAGGAGAAAGCAGUUGAUAUGAAUAAUCUGAGCGAUGAAGGGCUCCGGCCGAAACUUUCUGGGCGUGUGACCCUAAAAGAUGUCGAAUUUCGAUAUCCAUCUCGGCCUUUGGCACCGGUCCUUAAAAAUCUUACGUUCAAGGUUUCUCCAGGAGAGUCAAUUGCAAUAGUGGGCCCAUCUGGUUCUGGAAAAAGUUCCAUUAUAUCACUUCUUCAGCGAAUGUAUACUGCAACAAGUGGACAAGUGCUACACGAUAAGUAUGACGUUCGUCAACUAAAUCCGGCUUAUCUAAGAAGGGUGGUAGUAUCCGUUGAACAGGAACCAACACUAUUCUCGUUCACUAUCAGGGAGAACAUUGGUUAUGGUUUGCCAGAAGACGAAGCCACUCAGGAAAAAAUAAUUAAAGCUGCACAAAUGGCAAAUAUUCAUGAUUUUAUUAUUUCACUACCUCAGAGUUACGAUACAGAAGUUGGAGAAUUCGGUACGCAGCUUUCUGGAGGUCAAAAGCAACGCAUAGCGAUUGCUCGAGCUUUGAUCAGAGACCCAACAGUGCUGCUCCUGGAUGAAGCUACUGCAGCUCUGGAUACUGCAAGUGAAAAGGCCGUGCAAGCCGCUCUGGAGUCGGCAAGCAAAAACUGCACUUGUAUCCAUGUUGCCCACCGCUUGUCUUCAAUUCGUAACGUAACUCGAAUUAUUGUUCUAGUCGAUGGCGAGAUAGCAGAACAAGGAACUCAUCAAGAACUAAUGGAACAAAAAGGCCUUUACUAUGAGAUGAAUCAGUCAGAAAUGUGA